AUGGCUGCAAAAACGCGAUCGAAACAACAAGUUAAAGACGAAUUAACUUCGACUUCGGAAUCUAAUAACACCUUAUCAUUAACACAAUUAGUUGAAGAUUCGGAUGAUGAUAAUAAACAACAAUCUAAUAACAUUGUUCCAAACACGUUAGAACAAUUAGAUGCUUAUCAAGAAUACGAACAACAACAAUUAGCAUCAAUUAAAUUAUUAACUAAAGAUGAAAUGUUGAAUAUAGAACAAUGGUUAUUAGAUUUAGAUAAAGUGUAUGAAGCAUUACGAUAUCAAAUGUCACGCCGUAUAUGGCAAACAAUUACUUAUUUACAAGAUGAAGAACAGCUUUGGUAUGAACAAGAAAAACGCGAAAUCAAGAAUGAUUGGUCUUAUUUUUGCAAGAAGUUAAAGCAACACAUUUUUGGUCAAUUACAAACUAAUAUUAUUCUUUCAAGAGAUCAUCAUUUAUCGUCUGUUCGUAACAUUACACCAGUGGAACAGUUUUCUUCGAUUAAAUCUUCGUCUAUUAAUAGUAAUUCAUCAUUAAUAUCGGCUCUUUCUAUUACUAUGGCGAGAGAGAUUGUUAAGUCUCCAACAUAUUUUCGUGGUGCAAAAGAUGAUGUAAUUGAAUGGUUAGAAAAAUUAGAACAACGAUUUACAAUGGCUAAUUGGCCAGAUGAACUUAAAUUACAAUAUAUACCAAUUCAUUUACAAGAAGAUGCUUAUCGUUGGUGGACUCAGUCAUCAACAAAGAUUACGACCUGGUCAUGUUUUGUUGAUGCCAUUAAACAAGCCUUUGGGUCAACCAAACUGAAAGAAUUAACAUUUGAACAAUUGAGAACAUACAAACAAACGAUUAAUCAAUCUAUUACACAAUAUUAUGAUAAAGUUAUUGAAUUAUGUAAACGAGUUGAUACAUCCAUGACUGAUUCUAUGAAAUUACAGUAUUUAUUGGCAGGUGUUAAACAAUCACUAAAAUUACAUAUUGCAUUAUAUGAUCCACAAUCUCCUGAAACAUUUUUAUCUUAUGCGAGGAAAGUGGAAGAUACGUUAUCACUAACCAAUACAGAUUAUGAUUCGCAUCAAAAUGAAUAUUAUCCGAAUAUGAAGUAUGAUCGUCAACCAAUAACAUCAACAAUUAAUUCUCGACAAGAUGUUGAUCAUCGACGUACAGAUGUUCAUCAAUCACAAUUACAAACUUCAACAACAGGUCGUAUGAAUAAUUCUCGUAAUGAUAAUGUUUCAUAUUCUAGUUCAUUAAAACAUCCAACAUCAAAAAGAUUAACAGGUGUUUGUUAUACUUGUGGGACUCCCGGACAUUAUUCACGGGAUUGUGCCCGUUCCCAUUUCCAAUAA